UCGUGUUAUUGGAGUAGAUACGGAAUUAAGUUGUGUGUCAGAUGUGUCCAUCAUUUUGGAUUAUUGAAAAAGUUUGGUGGCGUUAUUUAUUUACGGAAUAGAAAGUGAUAUAGUGAGUAAUUUAUUAUGUGUUUGCAAGGACCAGGGUGCAAAUUGGGCCCCCAAAAUGAAGGAAAGCAUCCGUUGUUGACUAGAACGGCGGGGUGUUGGCAACGAUCGGCCGUGCUAGAUCGCAGCCGUUUUUCUUAACAUGGCUGCAACGCAGGCUGAAAAGCAUCAAAAUGACGUGAAUAGUGAGAAAGUGCAGUCGGAUCAGCAUCUGAAUGUGCGGAAUUCCUUGUUGCAAAAUGGAACCGAAAAGAGUGGUGUUCGCGGAGGUGGCAGUGUAGUGCAUACAAAGGCUAAAAACACCGGCGGCAAAAACAUUGCCAUCGAAAUGAGUCAAUACCGCCAGGAUGGCAGUGGUGGCGGCUCGACGGCGGUUUCUGGACAAACAAAUGCUGGUUCGGGUCCAACAUCUUCUGGUGCACCGGGUUCGAAUAGCACCUCGGAAUCGGGUCUUGGCGGUGAGUCUGACUCGUCGGCUGGGGGUACUGGGGGUCCCACAGACUCAAAUCUGUAUUCGGUAGAAGGUCCCCCAGCCCCAUCAUCCGCCGUCGACGGUCACGGUUACGGUUUUCCUUACAGCAGAGACGUGCACAAUAGUGCCGAAGGGGGCAUACAUGCGUUCGGGCCUCGCCAACCAUUUGGCGGCCCGAAACAGAUAUCACCUCAUCAAUUACAUCAGCCCCAUCAACGAUUCGUAGGGGGACCGUCAAUUUCUCAGCCCUCCGGCCCAACGCCUACUCUUAAUCAGCUUUUACAAAGCAACAACCCCUUGCAGCAUCGAUAUCAGAACAACUUCGGUCAUCCUGACCAACAUUAUAGUCAAGCCUGGCAAUCUCAGAAACCUUUACAACAGAGUUAUGCCCCAGGUCCUCCCGCUUCAGCAGCUGUAGGUUCCCCGGCUCCUUCUACACCUUACAGGGCGCAGCCGACGUUGUCACCGGCUUACGGAGGUGGUUCCUCGCCUAGUCCUAGUUACGGGGAGAGUCGAUCGGGUUGGCCUGGCGGCCCAUCAGGUCCUGGACAACACGGGCCAGGCAGUCCAGGCCAGCAGAAUUCAUCGGUGCCUGUGAGCCAGCCGUCACCACAACCUCCGAGUCAUUCUCCUGGGCCCGGCCCUGGAAUGCCCCCUAGCCCCCAACAUCAACCGCAUCAGGGAUUCCCUUCUCGACCCGCACCACCAACUACCCCAAAUGCACAUGCUCCAGAUGCAGCGGACCUUAGUGGAGGAAAUAGUAACGAUAGUUCUGGAGGCCCUGCACCAGGUACUCCUAAUUCACAGGGAAUGAGGCCGACGCCUUCUCCUACAGGGUCCACUGGUUCCAGAUCAAUGUCACCUGCUGUAGGACAAAACAUUCCUAUGCCUCCAAGACCUUCAAGUGGACAGUCUGAUGGAAAUGGACCUACCCGCAUAAGUCAUUCUCCUGUGGUCACGCAGGGCAGCUACUCAACGUCGCAUUCAUCCGCUCACCCAACGCACGGUUACAAGGGCCAUCCAAGUAUGGUAGUAACAGGACCCGGAAACCAAAUGUCUUUAUACCAGUCUAAUCAAUACCCUCAAACCGGUUACCCACCUCGGCCUCCCAGCAAUAUACAGUAUCCCGGUCAAGGAUACGCUCCACCUAGUUCACAGCCAACACCUCCAAACAACAUCUGCCCUCAGCAAUUCUCCGGCCGGUCGAUGCCUAAUCACAUGCAGAAUUCCCAGUUCCCGUCUUAUCAACAGUCUUGGUCGCCAUCUGUUUCUACCGCAUCCAAAGGAAAUGGACCAAAUCCUCCCACGCCAACACCGGGUUCGCAGUCUCCAAGUCCAUCUCCUCGACCACCGCACUACCUCAAACACCAUCUACAACAUAAAAUGGGUUUUCAGGGCAUACCGAGUUCUGCACCGCCGAGCCCUAGUCCUCCUCAAAAUUACCACAUGGGUCCCCCAUCUGGUCAUCAUCAUUCCGGUAUGGGCCCUCCUCCUUCUAUGGGCCCACCGAACAUGCCUCCAUCUAGCAGUCCCCUCCUUCCCAAUAACCACGCCCACGACGGGCCCAUGCCGCCACCCAGUUCAACGCCAAAUUCUCAUACGCAAAUGGUAUCGGAUAUGAUAGACAAUGGUAUCACGACCACUGCUCAAGCUGGUCUUAAUACACACGUUACGGCUGCUUCAGGUGGAUCCGUCACAUCAGUUGUAACUACUGGUCCAGACGGUACACCUAUCGAUGAAGGUUCCCAGCAGUCCACGUUAUCUAAUGCUUCUGCUGCAUCAGGAGAGGAUCCGCAAUGUACAACACCUAAAGCAACUCGGAAAAAUGAUAUGGGACACUAUAGCCAUCCUACAACACCUCAGAGUACUGUCCCAUCACCUGGUGCAGCAAGUAUAAAUUCUAUUCACGAGGAUUACGGAGACCUUAGUCCGAGUUGGCCUCGUACCCCUGCGAGUCCGGUGUUUAACAGUCAUGUGGCUCCUCCGGACACGUAUCGCUCAAAGAAAACCGACAGCCUAAGCAAGCUCUAUGAAAUGGAUGAGAGUCCAGAAAGAAAAGCUUGGUUAGACAAACUCUUAGCGUUUAUGGAUGAUAGGAGGACCCCUAUCACCACAUGUCCCACAAUAUCAAAGAAUCCCCUUGAUCUGUUCCGCUUGUACAUGUAUGUAAAGGAUCGUGGGGGCUUUAUGGAGGUAACUAAAAAUAAAACGUGGAAGGAUAUCGCUGGUAUGUUAGGUAUCGGUGCCUCGUCCUCUGCCGCUUACACACUUAGAAAGCACUAUACUAAAAAUUUGUUAGCGUAUGAAUGUCAAUUUGAUAGAGGUGGUAUUGAUCCUCAGCCUAUUAUUAACCAAGUUGAGGCCAGUUCGAAGAAGAAAGGUGCUAAGGCCACCUCAGUUCCAUCCCCAGGUUCUUCCAAUUCACAAGACUCCUUUCCGCCAGGGUCUGGUGGCACAUCCAUGGAUGGGUAUGGUGGAUAUGGUGGGUAUUCGUCAUCUGGUAAUCCCGAAUAUCCUCCUCAAAGGCCCUCGUCCCAGUCAGCACCAUCACCCCAUGGAAGUUCAGGAGGGGCUAAUCAUUUAAACAGUGCAACACCUGGAGGUCCCAGCCCUGCAGGCGGGGCUGCUGACAAUGUAAGCGUUUCCAACCCCUUCGAUGACGUGUCUCCGAGUCCACCACCACGGGGCGGUCCUUUCCCAGGUGGUCCACAUCCUCCUUAUUCCGCAGGUACUCCACCUCGCCCGCCAGGACAGAAUUUCCAACCUGGAUAUCAGUAUCCUGGUCCUGGGCCAGGAACUACUGCCCCUACAGAUCAGUAUUCUGCAUAUCCGAAUAAUUCAGGUUAUCCUCCAGCCGUUAGACCAGUAUAUCCUCCGUACACAGGUGAUUCAGCAGCACCACCUCCAAGCCCUAACAACACUCAAGGACCGCCAACCUCUACGGCGCAGGAUCCUUACAACAGGUAUAAUUCCAACCCCGGAGCUAGUUACAAUCCGAGGCCAACCUAUGGACAAUCUCCAACUGGUACCGGACCUCCAACAUCACAACCAGCUGGCCCCGGAAACUACCCACCGCAUCAAGAGUAUUAUCGUCCAGAGCAAGUACAACAGGGUUCAGGAUCUGGGGGAACGUAUCCCAACAACAAAACGAUGCCUCCUCCUGGACCCCAACCACCAAGACGUCAUCCUGAUUUUUCCAAAGAUCAGCCGUAUUCGUAUGGUCAACCUCGAACACCAAUAUAUGGUAGUUGGCCCAAUAACAAUCAGUAUAGGCCACCUCAAUAUGGGGGUAAUUCAGGUAGUCCCCAAGUUACGCCACAACAAUGGAAUCAAGGGGGAAGACCAGGAGGUCCUUGGCCUGGAGCUCAAAAUUAUCAGCAACCGCAAACCGGACAACCUCCUUGGCCGUCAAUGAACCAGACUGGCGGGCAAAACACUUCGAUGCGUCCCGUUCACAGGCCAGGAAAACCAUUUCCACCUAUAAUGCCACCUAGUGGUGUUAAAAGUAGUCAGGCUCAGCCUAAUCUUAGCAACUCUUAUAGUCACAAUCAGAUGCCCAAGAGAGAAAUUACGUUCCCUCCUGACAGUGUAGAAGCUACGGUACCAGUUUUAUAUCGGCGUAAGCGGUUAUGUCGCGCGGAUGUAGGACCAGUAGAUGCUUGGCGUGUUAUAAUGUGUUUGCGUUCUGGUCUGUUAUCAGAGAGCACCUAUGCUCUUGACCUGCUCAAUGUACUGCUCUUCGACGACUCGUCAGUUGGGUAUUUCGGAUUGAAUCAGUGGCCUGGACUGCUGGACCUUCUGAUAGAACAUUUCAAACGUAGUUUAGCAGAUAUGUUCGAUGGGCCAUUUCCAGCUCAGGAAGAAGCAGAUACUGCUGAAGUGGACCUUGGUGGAGUUUUUAAACCCAUAGACCCCAACUUGAAAACUGUAGUACUGAACAAUACGGUUAAUUACUCGUUGAUGUCACGCAAGGGAGAUCCAGUGAAGUUAGUAGAACGAAACGAAGAUAUCUUUAUUCAAGAUAACGUAAAAGAUUGGGAUACGAGGGGCGACGCGAACCGUGCUAAUAUUUUAGCAGAAAUACCUUCAGAACCAUGGUACACCGCCGCCGAUCAUAUAUUACCUACAUUUCAAGCUGAGUUUGGUCACAUUCCUUUCCAUAUGAGAUUAAAUGACUGUAAAAAAUGUCAGGACGAGACAGAAAGGAAGAUUAAGACACCGCCGCCAGGUGAAGCUCCACCACCAGACGAAGCUCCUCCACCUGCCAAAAAUAGUGACAAAAGACGUAGGACAAAGUCAUUAAGUGAUGUGAUAUCUCGAAUUAAAAAGGAUUCUUCUGAAGCAAACGAUGUGCUUUUGUUAGACGCAACAGACAAAGUAAAGACUGAAGUAGUGAAUGAAAAAGCGAACUGUAAGGAACAGCCAAGUAUAGAUCUGAAUAUUAGUGUAAAUGGCGAGUGUAGUGAAAUGAAAGGACAAACAGUGCUUGAUCCGUCGGGGGCAUUGAAACGACGAAGAAUUUCUGACUACGAGGACGAAGCUUACACAAGAGACGAGGCUAGUUUAGUUCUUCUAACUGAAAGCCAAGAUAAUAUUGGAAAACGGUGUGUUUGCUUAUCCAAUAUUCUUAGGAGUCUUACUUUUAUUCCUGGUAACGAAGGUGAAUUUGCCCGAAAUUCUAUGUUUUUGGCACUUGUAGGCAAACUUCUGUUGCUGCAUCAUGAACAUCCACCUCGAACUCAAAAAACAAGAAAUUAUGACCGAGAGGAGGAUGCCGACUUUGCAGACUCCUGUAGUAGUUUACAGGGCGAAAGCGAAUGGUGGUGGGACUUCCUGUUACAGGUUAGGGAGAAUAUUCUGGUGUCUAUGUCUAAUAUAGCUGGACAAAUAGAUGUAGCUGUAUUCGAAGAAGAAGUGGCCAGGCCUCUGCUGGACGGACUGUUACAUUGGGCUAUAUGCCCAUCGGCCACAGGUCAAGACCCUUUCGCUUCUGUAGGACCUUCAUCCUUGCUCUCUCCACAGCGCCUAGCACUAGAAGCACUUUGCAAACUAUGUGUAACAAAUAGUAAUGUCGAUCUGGUCAUAGCGACACCUCCAUUUUCCAGAUUGGAAAAGCUAUGUGGUGUGCUUACUAAACACCUGUGUAGGUCGGAGGAUCAAGUAUUACGUGAAUUUUCGAUAAAUCUACUGCAUUAUUUAGCUGCGGCCGACAGUAGUAUGGCAAGAGUAGUUGCCUCGCAAACCCCUUGUGUUUCACUAUUGGUGGCUUUCAUUGAACAAGCAGAACAAAGUGCUUUGGGUGUGGCCAACCAACAUGGUAUUAGUGCACUGAGAGAUAAUCCCGAUUCAAUGGGUACGAGUUUGGAUAUGUUGAGAAGAGCAGCUGCCACUCUAGUUUUCCUGGCACGGCACCCUGAAAACAAACCUCUGUUAGUACAGCAAGAGUCACGGCUACUUGCCCUUGUUAUGAGCCAAAUCUUAGACCAACAAGUGGCGUUACUGCUCUCCAAAGUGCUAUUUCAGAUAUCCCGUAGCUAAUCCUUUCUACCUCUGUAGAUACUGAACUGUCUAUGCGGCCUUGCUGGUGUACAGAAUAAAUCAUUGUAUAGUGUGAUUUUCCAGACUUUUAUCACAAUGACAGUGUGCGUGCGUGUGCGAGUGUGGUGCGAAAAUUGACAACAAGACUAGAAACGAGAUCCUGAUCUCUGAUAGCUAAUCAAUUCACAUAGUGUAAUCCAUUAUAUAAUUGUACCAUUUUGUAAAUUAAGUGACAUACGUCUUUCUGGAAAAUGUUAAACAUACAUCCAUGUUACUUAUGUUAUUUAUUAUUUGAUAUAAACUUUGAGCACAGUACAGUAGAUCCCAACAGCUGUCCAGUUGCCUGGUCUGGUGCAGGUGCAGGUGGUGUCCCCCUUUGGUUUCCUGCGCACUCACUUCUCUUAUUUCAUGUUUGGUAUUACUGUGCGAAUGCUUUAUACAUGUCUGAUAAUGAAUUUAAUUAAAUAAAUGUACAAAGGAAGUACCGAAAGUGGUGUUUUUAUACAAGUUUUAAUUUUCUAUGUAUAUUUUAGAAAUGUUUUAUACAUCCCAUUUUAGCUGAUACAUUAAGCUCUGUUAAUGAACAAGUAUGGACUGUAAACAUUAGAAAAUGCAGUCUUGAUUUAUAGAACUCAAAUGUAGUUUAAAAUAUGUGGUGAUAUUUUUCUGGCUGUAGGUAUAACUCAUCUUAUGUAUGAUUGCAUAUUGUAAAAUAAGUAAAUGCUAAAUACAUUA